AUGUCGUCAAACUACGUCCCGCCCCCCAAGUCCCAGUACGAGAUCGAGCGCGACGAGCGCAUCGCGCGGAACGAGGCGUUCAUGCGGUCGCUCGGCCUCGGCGGCGGCCUCGGCGUCGUCGUGCCCCAACUCAGACGGCCGGCCGCGGCGCCGCGGCCCAAGCGCCCGCGCGACUGGGAGCCGCGCGAGGGCGAGCGCAAGUCGAGCCGCCUCGCCGGCGAGCCGGCCCCCGAUUUGUUCGACGUGCGGCGCGACGCGCUCGCCGAGGCCGACGCCGAGGCGCCCGCGCGGCGCUGCGCCCACUUCCGCGUGCCGCGCGGCUCGCGCCUCACCGCAGACGCGUCGACGUCCCUGGAUAAUGUCUGCGGCGAGACGGGGUCGUUGACCGAGGCUGAAAGGGAGGCGGCGCAGCAAGCGCGAAGCCGGUUAGAAGGAGAGUGGAACCGCGCGAGCGACUGUCGGAGGGUCAUGGCGGCCAUGCCUGGUCUGCGGCGGCCGCCCUGGCUCGCGUCGCUCGAGAGGUCGCCCGUGCUCGCCACGAAGAACGCGACGCACACCGACAAGGUCAUGGUCGUCUUGGAGCGGUGCGCGGCGGGUAUUGGGCUGACGCUGCCGCACUGGCCCGACCGCGCGCGGCUUUGUGAUCAUCAAAGUCCGUUGACGCUCGGGAGCGACACGGAGCUGCUCAAGUACUGCGGGAAAAGAUUAGAGGUCGUCCACGGCGAGGACACGUCGAACGGCUGGGCCUACACGCACGCGCUGGGCAAACUCAAGGCCUACCAGGCUUUAUUAGUGACCGAACAGGCCUUUUCGAACGUGCCGUUGGCGGACUUGGAACAAGGCGAGCUCGAGAAGCUCAUGCCGCCGCUGGCGUUGGACCGCGAGGCGACGACCGCGGAAUCCACGAAGGAAGCGACCGCGGAGGGUGCCAAGGUGACCACCGUCGCGACGGGCGAGCACGCGACGGCCGCGCCGCCGGCCGAGCCCUUCGGUGCCGGCGCCGGCGCCGCGGACGCGAUGGACGCGGAGCCGACGGCGCCGGCCGAGCCCGUGGCCGCCGAGCCGGCGCCCAUGGCCGUCGAGCCCGCGUCGCUGCUCGACGCCGAGCGCCGCGUCCUCGCGGAGCCCGAGGCCGCGGAGGCGCCGCCGGCGCCCGACGCGCCGGCGCCGGCGCCGGCGGCCGCGCGGCCGGCCCUCGCCGUGGAGACGGCGCCCGCGGCGCCGGCGGCCGCGGCGCCCGUCGUCACGCCGACCGACGCGCUCGCGCGCCUCGCCGAGAUGGAGGCCAAGGCCAAGGAGCGCUUCGCGGCGCUGGACGCCGAGGACGAGGCGCGGCGCCAGAAGAAGCGCGAGGAGCAGGACGCGAAGGCCGCAGCGAGGGCCGAGGCCGCGGCGGCGCGCAAGGCCGCGAAGGCGGACGCGUCCGAGGACGCGGAGUCUGAUGAGGACGAGGACGCGCCCGGCGACGCCUCGGACGAGGACUUCGAGGACGCGCCGCCGCCGAAGCCGAAGAAGACCAAGGCCGCCGCGCCCAAGGACGAGGAGGAGGAGCCCGUCGAGACGGAGGUCGUCAUGCGCAAGAUGAACCCCUUCAUCUACUUCUCGCAGCAGAAGCGCGCCGCCGUCAAGGCCGAGGUCGAGGCGUCGAUCGACGCCGAGGCCACGCCCCAGGAGCGGAACCGCGAGGUGCUGGCGCGCAUCGGCGCGCUCUGGAAGGCGCUCUCCGACGCCGACAAACAAAAGUGGAAGGACGAGGCGCCCGAGAAGGAGACCACGGUCAAGAAGAAGAAGAAAAAGAGUACGGGAGGCACGCCCAAGGGCGCUAAGAAGGAAGCGAAGGCCGCCGCGACGGCCGAGAAGAUGAAGAGCGAGGCGGAGCCGGCCGAGGACGACUGCGAGCCGAAGAUGAAGAAGCAGAGCGGCUACAUGUACCACAACGCCCAGAACCGGGAGGCGGCCAAGGCUGCUGUCGCGGCGGCGGAGCCGGACCUGCCGGCCAAGGAAGCGAACCAGGCCGUCAUGAAGAAGCUCGCCGAGAUGUGGGGUGCUUUGGAUGAUGCCGCGAAGCAGAAGUACAAGGACGACGCGCCCAUGGUCGAGGUCAAGGCGAAGAAGGCGCCCAAGGAGCCCAAGGAGCCCAAGGAGCCCAAGCCGCCGAAGGCGGCGAAGCACCUCUUCCAGAGCAAGCCCGACGGGAAGAAGCAGACGUCCAUGAUGAGCUUCUUCGCCAAAAAGGCCUAG